AUGGGGAAUGGUAACAUCAGUUCAGCUGCAUAUCAAUCCUCUGGGCUGGAAGCAGCUUCCAGACACAUACAAACAGUCUCUAUUGUCAUCUACUGUGUGAUAUUUAUAGUUGGCACUCUGGGCAAUGGUUUGGUUAUCUACGUGACAGGCUUCAAAAUGCAGAAAACAGUGGAGACAGUUUGGUUUCUCAACCUGGCCAUAGCUGACUUUCUCUUCACAGCCUUCCUGAUUUUCUCGAUCAUUUCUCUCUCUCAGAGUCACCGAUGGCCUUUUGGACAAUUCAUGUGCAAGCUCAACACCUUUGUGAGUGUAGUCAACAUGUUUGCCAGCAUCUUUACUCUGAUGGUGAUGAGUUUGGAUCGUUAUUUGUCCAUCUGGAUGGUGGUGUGGGCCCACAACAAGCGCACAGUCUGCAAAGCUCAGCUCAUAUGUGUUGGUAUCUGGGUGAUUGCUGCGGUCUGCAGCACUCCUUAUGCCACUUUUCGCACUGUUUCAGAAAGCAAUGGGAGUCAUUAUUGUCACUAUAAUUUUACAAGCAAGGAAUCAACAUGGAGUCUAUAUACUUUUCGCUUUCUUAUGGGCUUUGUGAUUCCAUUCCUGGUAAUACUUGUGACUUAUGUAGCCAUAGGCAUCCGUGCAAUGCGCAUGCCGAGAACAAGGCGACAGAGAUCCUGUCGAAUCAUUUUCGCCAUCAUUUUUACAUUCUUCAUCUGCUGGUUACCCUUCCACGUUUUCAACUUCAUAGAACCAGCUUCAACUAACCCAGAUCUCAGGAACAUUGUUAGAAUCAUGGGUCCUCUGACUGUGAGUCUGGCUUUUCUGAACAGCUGCCUGAACCCCAUCCUCUAUGUUUUCAUGUGUGAAGAAUUCACGAAGAAGCUUCGGCAGUCCAUAUGUUUUGUACUUGAGAGUGCUCUGGCAGAGGACCACAUAUCAUUUAUGUCCACUCACUCCAUGUCAUUAACUUUGUUAAAGACUUUCCAAAAGUCAGACGCUGCAGCAACUUCAAAUAGGAUGGACACGGCUGAUUUGAAAUCCGUCACAGAAAGCAAAGUGAUCACAGAGGAGACACCGAACACUGAAUAA